AUGUUAAGAGCUCAAAAAUUACACUCGCUAAAAUCAUCGGAUAUCAUUGCGAUUCUGCCCACUGAACAGUCACAGAAGUUAGUUUUGGCCAAGAAAAACGGUGACGUUGAAGUUUAUUCUCGAGACGGUAAUACACAUAAAUUAUUUCAGGUGUAUCCAGAUCUCUUACAAAGGGCCAAAAAUGGCCCUUCAUCCCCAUUGAUUGAAAAUUUCUACUUUGCAAAUGAACUUUCUACUAUCUUUGCACAGUGCAAAGAAACCUUAAUUUUAUUGAGUACUACAAAUUUGCACGAAUAUGAUCGAAUAAUCGACAGAAGAGGUAUAAAACGUUGCUGGUUAUUUGAGAGAUCACACAAAAACAAAGAGGAAAAAACCACUUACUUAAUAUAUUCAACUAUAAACACUCUCAAAAUGCGAGUGUUGAUAUGGGAGGGCAGGACUUAUAAGAAUAUGAUGGAGGCAUCAUUAACUUAUAAAAAAGAAAUCAUUCGGUCUAUAUGUCCUGGAGAAACAGGAAUUGUCAUAGCAACUGAUUUAGGUAUCUACUAUUGGCCUUAUAACAAGCCUUCCUUAGUUAGAAUUGAAAAAACAAUGAAAAACAAAUAUCCAAAGGACAUGAUGUCAGCGUUAACCGAACUUAGAGAGCAGGCGGAGAAAACUGUUGAAAAGAAUCCCAAAAAGUAUAACCGUAGUGAUUCUCGAUCCCUUUCUUCUAUGGAAAGAAUGUCCAGGAAAUCAAGCGUGUCAAGCUUAUGGUAUAGAAGCAUAAGAAAUGAACGUGGCAACAAAGUACGAUAUAUUUUUGAAUUAGAAGGCGAUGACGCCACCCCCAUAAUAAUCGAUGGGGUUACCAAAAAGAUUUUCAAAGUACAGUUAAUGCAUAACAAUGAGGUGCCAUUUUUGAUAGCCGCUGAUCAUGUCACAUUUUCCGAGUCAAAUUCAGAAUUUGAUCACAUGCAAUAUUUGUCGUCGCAUUUGCUGAUGUUAUACAAUUCAAGUACCAUUAAAUUUGUCGAUUAUAAAAAUGGAUUUACUUUUAUGCAACAAAAAAUACCAGAAGGGAUAAAAUGGGUCAAGAGUCUCUCUGGAACCUAUUUUUUGGUAUGGACUUCAAAUGACGAAAUACAGUUAUUUUCUUAUCAUGUGGACGAUGAUGAUGAAUAUAGUGAUGAAGAGUCAAUUUGCGGUGACAUUAAUGACCCCGAUUUUUAUCAACUAUGGAGAAAAGUACUUUUUUAUAAAUUCUUCAUUGAUUCUCCUCACUCUAAAGAAUUGUGCGUGUCAGAAAGCCCUGAAGAAUCAUUGGAUAUAUGUGCUAUGAAACUGAGAGAUUUAACAGUAAUGUGGUGUUUAAGAAUUUUUGAUAAAUUUCAGAACUAUAUGGUUCAAUUAGAAAGCAGUAAAAACUCAAAAAUGAUUCGUUCCAGAUGUGAAGAGAUGAUCAUUAAUAAUAUUUUUGACCUUUUUAUUAAAUUUUGGGCUCCGCCUCAAUUGGUUAUACUGAAAGUGUUUCCGUCAGCUAUUUCAAGUUUAGUAUUAGAGAUAACUGGUCAAGAGCAUCAUUGCCUGUUCAAGGAAGCUGAGGAUGUCAAGGAGACCUAUGACAUCCCGCCGCAUCUAUUAAAUAGAUUGUGUUUACCUUACCUUACUGAUACAAGACGACAUUUGCAAAACUUGCUAAACAAAAAAUACGAUGAUGAAAAUCGUAUAACUUGGUGCUAUCACGAUCGUGAAAUCAAACAAAGCUUUGAUUUUUUCCUUAUCAAUAAUCAUGAUGACGUUGGCCUUGAAACAAUGUUAACAUUAAUAGAUACGGUUUUAUUCAAGUGUUAUCUUUAUUAUAAUCCUUCUAUGGUAGGCCCAUUCAUUCGGGUAGAAAACCACUGCGAUUUACGUGUAAUAGUAACCGAGUUAAAAAUACGCCACAUGUUCAAAGAUUUAAUUGAUUUUUACUACAAGCGUGGUAACCACGAAGAAGCUUUAAAGUUUCUGACAGAUUUGGUCGAUGAAUUGGAAACAGAUAAUACAGAUCAGAAACAACGUCAAAAAAUUGAACACGGUAUUAAAAUAUUAGUUAUUUAUUACUUGAAAAAAUUAUCAAAUCCGCAGUUACAAGUUCUGUUCACCUAUAGUGACUGGUUAUUAGAAAGGAAUGCGGACUCGAUUAAAGAAAUUCUUUCAUCAAUCUUUUUUUAUGAUUCGCAAGCAUGCAAUGGUAGGGACCAUUUAAAAGUAUACGAGUACAUCAAAAUGCAUGACAAGUCGCUUGCUAUUCAAUACUUAGAAUUUGCAAUUAGCACUUUUAGAUUAGAAGGGAAUAAUUUGCAUACUGUCCUAAUUAAACUAUAUCUUGAAGGCUUGGAUAAUCCUUCCACAAGAAUCAAACUAAAGUCACUUUUAGAAACAACAUCUGUCUAUGAACCUAGAACGAUCCUAAAAAUAUUGAAUAAAACUAUCGAGAAUGACGCAGACCGAUUACCCACAAAUCAACUAAAUUUCUUGAAGUAUUUGAAAGUAUUUCCCUUAUCAAAACUAGAAAACCAUAGAGAAUCUGUGCAUAUAUUGCUUGAUGAGAUAGACGAUUACAAAGCAGCCACCAGUUACUGUGAAGAUGUGUACCAAAGUGAUUCGAUGAAGGGUGAAGAACUCCUGUUGUACUUGUACGAUAGGUUAGUCUCUAUAUAUGAUUCCAAAAAGAAUCCCGAGCUAAUUUUGGGUUUUUUACAAGACCAUGGUUCAAAAUUAAAUUCGGCUAAGAUAUAUAAGAAAUUGCCUCAUGAUAUUUCUUUACAUGAUAUCGGUAGGGUCGUGUCGCAAUUAUUAAAGAAGCACUCGUCAAAAAUGGACAAAAUAAGGUUAGAAAAGGGUCUCCUGCAGGUCGAGCUUGUAGCCACUACUUUCAAACUCAAUGAUCAAUUGUCAUCGUACGGUAUUUUAUCAGAUAGUCAAAAAUGUCCUAUUUGCAAGAAAAUAAUUUCAAACUUUGGAACAGAUUCAAUUUCCUGGUUCACUAAGGAAGGUAGAAACAUCAUCACACAUUAUAACUGCGGGAAUGUACUACAGGAACGGUUCAACACACAAAAUGAAAAGUCUUUGAAGACUAAACAAAAGACUUUGGGGGAAGUUAUAAAUGAGUUAAAUAAUAAGUAA